AUGUCUUCCCCUACCAGGGAAUCGCUAGAAAUCAUGCCAGACCAGACGAUGCGAGGCCAUAACGACUGGGUAACAGGUGUUGUCCAUCUGCCCAGCAGACGACAGAUAAUCACAUGUUCGAAGGACGGCUCACUCCGACUAUGGGACCUACAGAGCGGCACACAGAUAGGCGAGGACUGGCGAGAUGAGAAUAACGCAGGAAUACAGUCCAUGGCAUUGUCUCCGAAUGGCAAGACAGUUGCAAGCGGAAGCAACGACGGGACAGUGAGGUUGUGGGACAUCGAGACGAGGAAGGUCAUUGCCAAAUUCAAUGGACACACCGGAGUUGUGUGGUCAUUGUGCUGGAGUGCAGAUAGUAGGCGAGUAGCGAGCGGAUCCUUUGAUGGGACAGCAAGAGUAUGGGAUGUCAAAAGUGGCAAAACUGUCCUGACAAUCAAAACCAGGCACAAAUAUGCAUAUGUGCACGCCAUUAUAUACUCGCCCGAUGACGAAAAAAUCGCGACGGCCGGAGACAAUGAGGAUGCAGUCAAAAUAUGGAAUGCGAAGACGGGCAAGCUGAUCACCACACUCGAACACGAUUGGCCAGCUCAGAGCUUGGCCUGGACAUUGGACGGAAAGAAGCUUAUCUCCGGUUCAAUGUACCCGAUUAGGAUUUUCGACACAACCACUUGGGAGCAGAUUGCCAUCCUUGAGGGUCACACAAACUACGUGGACGUCAUCUCCUUGUCUCAGAACGACCGCCUCCUUGCAAGUGCAUCAAAUGAUAAAACAGCGCGUCUAUGGAAUCUCUACACGAAUCUCCAGAUCGGACCACCACUCCAGCAUGAGGAUAGAGUGGAGUCCGCAGCCCUUUCCGCUGAUGGAAAAAUGCUAGUCACUGGGUGCCAAAACGGAAAUGUGUACACAUGGGACAUUCACGCCAUCCUCAAAGAAGCUGGCCUUGAAGACCUACUACCCGCUGGUAGCAAUAUUGCACCCGCGCCAAAAGACAGACUCGAACAGAAGGCAUCUCAAGGCAAUUCAGGAAUAGAGCGAACCCCCCGCUCUUCCCUCGGUGACAAGUCAUUUUUGGAAGCUGAUGCUACGCGAUGUCACGACGGGUUCGGGGGUCAUGUCGAUGAACUCCCACCUAGAUUUUUUGAUGGCAUGGAAGCCGAGUCCUCCCAUAUGGGUGAUGCCCACCCUCACUCCUCUGCAAGUGCACUCCUCGCUCGCCUUUCCUCACUCCUCCACCGCUUUCGACACGACAAUGCUGAAGCGACCGAAGGUCCGCAUCCCUCAACGUAUUCGGGGUUACAUCCACGGGUGCUCCUCGCUCGCCUGUCCUCACUCAUUCAACGUUCUCCACCCGAAAAUGAUGCAGAAAACGAACUUCAGCAACCCUCUACGCGUUCGAGCUUAGAUCCACAUGCGCUCCUUGCUCGACUGUCCUCAUUUCUUCCCCGCUCUCGACUCAGCACCGAAGAAGAAACCGAACCUCACCCCACAAUGCCUUCGGGUUCACGUCCAGAUGGAUUCAUCAGCCGUCUGUCCUCACUCUUCCGCUCUCAACCCCACACCAACGAAGAAAUAGGACUCCCGCAACGCCCAUGCCGUCCUCAUGUUGUCGAAGUGGCUCCAAUGCGGGACAAAGAGCCAUUGUUUGUUGCUCCACGGUCGCUACCAGAUCGUCCACACGCUCAGCCUAAUGGUACUGCCAUACCAGGUGCAAGACAUGAGUAUCCACUUGCCCUCCGAUUGUUGGCCCAUGUUGUGCUUUUUCUCUGCUGUGCGUCUCCUCAACACGCCGAUGCAAAUGCACAGCCAACACAGCAGCAGCAAGAUCAAUCACAAGCUCCAGUCCAAACCCAGGUGUCGUCAUUGCAGACUCAGCCAGCCGCCCCCUCGACGUCUACGAUACCUACUUCUCUUGACAAUCGUACUACCGCUCCAGGUGCGGCAAGCGCGUAG